CAUUCGUCUCAAACUCACUCAUCUUUCUCUCUCUCUCUCUCUCUCUCUCUCUCUCUGAUCUCUCUUCCAUGGACGAAACCAACGGACGAAGAGAAACUCACGAUUUCAUGAACGUCAACGUUGAAUCCUUCUCUCAGCUUCCUUUCAUCCGCCGUACUCCGCCCAAAGAAAAAGCCGCCAUUAUUCGUCUCUUCGGCCAAGAGCUCGUCGGAGAUAACUCCGACAACUUAUCCGCAGAAGCUUCUGAUCAAACCACUACUAAGAACGAUGAGAGCUCUGAGAAUAUCAAGGACAAAGACAAAGACAAAGAUAAGGACAAAGACAAAGAUAACAACAACAACAGGAGAUUCGAGUGUCACUACUGCUUCAGAAACUUCCCAACUUCUCAAGCCCUAGGUGGACACCAAAACGCUCACAAACGUGAACGUCAACACGCCAAACGCGGUUCCAUGACAUCAUACCUUCACCAUCAUCAUCAGCCUCAUGACCCUCACCACGUCUACGGCUUCCUCAACAACCACCACCACCGUCACUAUCCGUCGUGGACGACGGAAGCUAGAUCAUACUACGGUGGAGGGCCGGGACAUCAAACGUCGUCGUACUACUCAAGGAGUACUCUUCCUCAUCCUUCUUCUAACCCACCGACAAUCAACGGAAGUCCUUUAGGUGUGUGGCGUGUACCGCCUUCCACGUCAACAAACGCUAUUCAAGGCGUUUACUCAUCUUCACCAGCUUCAGUGUUUAGGACGCAUGAGCAAGAGACUAAGGAGCCUAAUAACUGGCCGUACAGAUUGAUGAAACCCAAUGUGCAAGAUCAUGUGAGUCUCGAUCUUCAUCUCUAACUUUUUCUUUAUAUUUUUUAUAUAUUAUCCAUCAUUUUAACUUGAGCUGUGAUGAGACUCGUUGAUCGGUGAAGCCAAUUCUUUUGAGAGUGUUGGAGAGAAAAAAAAAAGAAAACGAGAACCGGCUUGGUGUGUAGAUCUUGAACAUCUUUUUGAGGUUUUCACAUUCUGAGUUUAUAUUAAUAAAGGGAAUAAUAUUUU